AUGUCCCCGAAUGUGGAGUCCAUUGACUUCUGUCAACUUACAGCGGCUCUUGAUCCGGACAAGUUUCAGCACGCUGAAGACAAGGCGAACGCGAAAGACGCUAUUAGAAAGAUGGUCCCCCAAGUUUCACCUUCAGAGAAGAAAAUCGCUAUCAGUAAGCUUGAUGAUAUUAACCGCCGUCUAAUGGACCGCAAUAUUUCUCAUAAUCUGGACAUUGGUCUGGGUCAUAUUCACUGGUAG